CCCAUUUUCUUCAUCAUUUCAAAAUGUCUGCUACCACUGUUCCAGAAGGCUUCUUGUUGGGUAUGUGUAACCCAUUGUUGGAUAUUUCUGCUGUUGUUCCAAAGGAAUUUAUUGACAAGUAUGAAGCUCCUCAUGGUUCUGCUUGUUUAGCUAGUGAAAAACAACUUCCAUUAUAUGGAGAACUUGUUUCUAAUUAUCCAGUUAAAUAUAUUGCUGGUGGUGCUACACAAAAUGUUAUGCGUGUUUUCCAAUGGAUGAAUCAAUCAAGUGUUCCAACUGCUGUCUUUUUAGGUUGUGUUGGUGAUGAUGAAUUUGGUUCUAUUAUGAGAGAUACUGUCACAAAGGAUGGAUUGAAAGUUAUUUAUCAAGUUACAAAGGAAAAGCCAACUGGUACUUGUGCUGUUUUAGUUUGUGAUAAUGAAAGAGCUCUUGUUGCUAAUUUGGGUGCUGCUGAAAAGUAUUCAUUUGAACAUUAUCAAAGUGAACAAGUUCAAAUUGCUGUCAAACAAGCUCAAAUGUAUUACAUUUCUGGAUUUUUCUUGACUGUUUCAUUUGAAAGUGUUUUGGCUACUGCUCAACAUGCUUGUGAAAAUGAUAAGAUUUUCUCUUUCAAUUUAUCUGCUCCUUUCAUUAUUCAAUUCUUUAAUGACAAGUUGAUGCAAAUUUUACCAUAUGCUGAUUAUUUAUUUGGUAAUGAAGAAGAAGCUAGAACAUUUGCUACUUCAAUGAAAUGGGAUCUUACUGAUGUUGCUGAAAUUGCUGCCAAGACUUCUCUCCUCGAAAAGAAGAAUGAAAAGAGACAACGUAUUGUUGUUUUCACUCAAGGUGCUGAUGAUGUUUGUAUUGGUAUUAAUGGUCAAUCACAUAAGGUUCCAGUUAGAAAGAUUUCAAAGGAAAUGAUUGUUGAUACUAAUGGUGCUGGUGAUAGUUUCGUUGGUGGUUUCUUGUCCUAUCUUGCUAAGGGUUAUCCUAUUGAUGAUUGUGUUAAGGCUGGUAUUUAUACUUCCUCAACUAUUAUUCAAUAUGAAGGUUGUACUUAUCCAGAAAAGCCAGAUCUUACUCAAAUCUAAACUUGUAAAAAAUUUGAUUCUAUUUUUU